UUACUUAUCACACAUAUAUGAGAAUGUCCCUUCCCAGCUAAAACAAGCAUUGAAAGAAUAUACAGAAAGCCUGGAGAAGGUUUUCAGGGUGUUUAUUCACCCUGUCAACUGAGAAUUAAGAGGAUCUGGCUGGUCACUUGCUUGGAGAGGAUCCUGCAGGCUGAUAGUGCAGCCUGGUAGCACCCACUGGCUAAGAGCCGCCGGGAGGAAGUGGGCCAUUCUACCACUUGUGGCUGCCAUGCUGGCCACCCGCCUCUCCAGACCCCUGUCAUGGCUCCCAGAAAAAACCCUACGUGCCUGUGAUAGAGAAAAUGGAGCAAGACGCCCACUAUUGUUUUGUUCUGCCUCCUUUAUCCCGAUUGGCCGUCGGACUUAUGCCAGUGCAGUGGAGCCGGUUGGCAGCAAAGCUGUCCUGGUCACAGGCUGUGACUCUGGAUUUGGAUUCUCACUGGCCAAGCAUCUGCAUUCCAAAGGCUUCCUUGUGUUUGCUGGCUGCUUGAUGAAGGACAAAGGCCAUGAUGGGGUGAAGGAGCUGGACAGCCUAAACAGUGACCGACUGAGAACCGUCCAGCUCAACGUCUGCAGCAGUGAAGAGGUGGAGAAAGUGGUGGAGGUCGUCCGCUCCAGCCUGAAGGACCCUGAGAAAGGGAUGUGGGGCCUCGUGAACAACGCCGGCAUCUCGACAUUCGGGGAGGUGGAGUUCACCAGCAUGGAGACCUACAAGGAGGUGGCAGAAGUGAACCUUUGGGGCACAGUGCGCAUGACAAAGUCCUUUCUUCCUCUCAUCCGAAGGGCCAAAGGCCGUGUUGUCAAUAUCAGCAGCAUGAUGGGCCGUAUGGGCAGCCCGGCCCGUUCCCCAUACUGCAUCACCAAGUUCGGGGUGGAGGCUUUCUCGGACUGCCUGCGCUAUGAGAUGUACCCCCUGGGCGUGAAGGUCAGUGUGGUGGAGCCUGGCAACUUCAUCGCUGCCACCAGCCUUUACAGCCCCGAGAGCAUUCAGGCCAUCGCCAGGAAGAUGUGGGAUGAGCUGCCUGAGGUCGUACGCAAGGACUACGGCAAGAAGUACUUUGAUGAAAAGAUUGCCAGGAUGGAGACCUACUGCAGCAGUGGCUCCACAGACACGUCCCCUGUCAUCGAGGCCGUCACACAUGCCCUGACCGCCACCACCCCCUACACCCGCUACCACCCCAUGGACUACUACUGGUGGCUGCGAAUGCAGAUCAUGACCCACUUGCCUGGAGCCAUCUCCGACAUGAUCUACAUCCGCUGAAGAAUCUCACUGUGGCCUCCAUUGGGGAUCCCUGGCGGAAGGGGAGGGGAGGGAGGAACCCAUAUAGUCAACUGUUGAUUAUCCACAUGUGGAUUAUCCGCCAUCCCAGGAAGACCCAUAACUGGUUUUAGCAUUACCCAGAGGGAAUAACCCAGCCUGACUCGUUUGCAUAGUGAGUGACUUAUGCCUUCAGAAAUGGGGUGUGGGGUGGCAGGCAGGGGCCUCUGAAUCUCAGGGCAAACAUGGUGCAUCUGUCUCUCUGGAGAUGAUUUUCAUACAGAGAUUCUGGGAAAACAUCUUUAUAUUAAAAAUAGAUUUAUUAUGGAAUAGAAUCAAAAUUCCUUUACAUCUUUAAGCCACAUUGUCAGUUUUAAAAAGUUAUCUCAUUUGAUCCUCAAGCCAGUCUCCUGAAUAAAAAGGACAGGUUUUUUUCUUUUGUACGUGAAGAAUUUGCAGCUUAGAGAGGAUGAAUGAAAUAGCCUUUUUAUUGCUUAUCAACAGUGCAGUCAUGUGUUCCUGCCACUGCUGCGGAAACACUUCACAUUUUGCAUUGCAGGGCUGCUUUGUAUUCAUCUACCCAAGAAUCUUCUGACUUACUCUGUGUCUUCAUCUGAGCCACACAUACCAAGUGCCCACUGGUGCCUCUGCAUGUCCGUGGUGCUGUGUGACUGGCCAGCCAGCAGCCAGUGAUUCAGAGCUGGCUGUAUGGAGGGGGUGGGAAUCCUUCUGGAGAUUAUUAUUUUUUUUUUUUUGAGACAGAGUCUUGCUCAGUCCCCCAGGCUGGAGUGAGGUGGCGCCAUCUCAGCUCACUGCAAACUCCGCCUCCUGGGUUCAGGUGAUUCUCCUGCCUCAGCCUCCCAAGUAGCUGGGACUAUGGGCAUGCAUCACCACGCCCAGCUAAUUUUUGUAUUUUUAGUAGAGACGGGGUUUCACCAUGUUGGCCAUGCUGGUCUCAAACUCCUGACCUCAAGUAAUCUACCUGCCUCAGCCUUCCAAAGUGCUGGAGUGGGCUGCUGUGCCCAGCCCUGGAGAGUUUUACUUGAGAUUUUUCCAUCCUCUUUUAGGACUCAGAGUAGACUUGUGUGGAGGUGCUCUCUGGUUAAGAAGACAGAUUGUUACUGGUUUGAGUCUGCUUGGUUUUGCCUUGGGUGGGCCAGUGUCAGUGGGGCAGUGCCAUGAUGGGGCACUGUGGCAUCUUCUCUCCUUGCAGUGGAUUUGGGGUCCCUGGUUGCCUCAUAUGGUGCUUACACAUGCACACACACACAGACACACACACACACACACACGUUUUGCAAGGCUUCAGCGUAGCCUUCAUUCCCACCUUGACUUUAUUUUCAAUUAAGAAGUGGUGCCACUUUAGUCAGAGUCUGCAUGAUCACUUCUCGGAUUUGAGUUUGAAAGCUGUCAUCCCUGCAACUGCCCAGGGCUUGUAUGUCUGGACCAAAACCAAACACCAGUCUUCCAGGUGGCUUUAGCCCUAGGGCAGGGUCCCAAGUGCCAGCCUUACAAAUCAGACUAUGAGUAACGUUUCCGUCUCUCCGCGGCCGGGCUGGGCCUGCCGCUAGAGGGCGCUCGCCUCCUCCGCAGCCGGCGCCGGCAUCCAUUGCCCCAGACUCCGAGCUGCCACCGGAGCCCAAGGUUUCUCUCGGCGUUCGACUUUCUCACCUCGGAAACUGGGAACAAAGAAGCAAGAAACGCUCCUUUAGAAACAGUGUUCCCGCUCUUCUAGCAGCUGCGUGGCCCGAACCUGGAGUCUGGUGCCAGGAGAAGGCAGAACCCGGGCAGCUGGAGUAGGCUAUGGGGUUCAGGCAGUGCCAAGGAAAAAGUCUCACAAUGAGUAAAUUCAGCUUGCCUAUUGGGCCUCUGUUCCCGCUGUCUUCAAACAGGGAUGCCCUGUCCCAGCUCCCCUAGGAGGAGGGAGGGGAGGCAGGCAGGGCUGAAACCCUCCAGAGCACAGAGAGGGACACUUGAUGGCCGUUGCACUCACAUAACAAUAGGAUGCUUUCGUGCCCUGGACUUUGUUCUAGCAGGUUCCUUUGGAAUUGCAUUUUUACGCGUUGGGCGAAUUUGUUUUCAUGCUGAAGUUUAUUAAAGAAAAAUAGAUGGAGA